AUGUUCCGUACCGCCAUCCUUCGCUCCGCCAGCGCCGCUGCGCGCGUCGCCCGCCCUGCCGCCAUGCGCGCCCCCGUUCUCCGCCAGACCGUCACUCCCCGCCUCGCCGCGGCGUGGAAGCCCAUGGGCAUCAGGAUGUACUCGGCCGGUGGUGCCCUGGCCAAGGAGGAGGUUGUCACGAGGAUCAGCACCCUGCUCGCCGGAUUCGACAAGGUCAACGACCCGAAGAACGUGGGUACCCCCCUGAACCCGAAGAACGUCGAGGCUGCGCAAAUCAACGCGACGGCGCACUUCGCCAACGACCUCGGCCUCGACAGCCUGGACACCGUCGAGGUUGUCAUGGCCAUCGAGGAGGAGUUCAGCAUUGAGAUCCCGGACAAGGACGCCGAUGGCAUCCACUCGGUUGAGAAGGCCGUGGAAUAUAUCCUCAGUCAGCCCGAUGCCCAGUAA